AUGACUCCAUGCGAAUACAAUUAUUGGAACCAUUCCUAUAUUAACGGACUCGUAUUCUCAAUUUUACUGUUGACCUCAAGUGUGGAAAUUGUAGCGGACAAUGUAAAUAUAACGGAAAGUGGAUCAAGUCAAGAAAUCAACUGCACGCUUUAUAGGUCAUGCACACAAUGUACCGAUGCACACUCUGGUUGCAAUUGGCUGUUCGAAAAACAAAUUUGUCUAGACACAAAUCAAAUUUUAUCGGGGAAGUUCAUAAUUGAUACAAAAGAAUCAUGCCCAGCGUAUACUGUUACGUAUGAUGACUAUUCAUUACAGGUUAAGGUUUCGAAUAUCGAGGCAAAAAGUGUAAAAACUUUUUUUAAUGUAAGGCCAAAUAUUGGUUGUGAAAUAGAAAAUGCAAUUUAUAACGCUUCAAACGUUAAUGGAGUAAUAACUUGUAAUUGGGUAGACAAAAAAACUAUACCUACCAAAGAACAAAGAAUAAGAAUUAAAACUAAUCCUUUGUAUAUUUUUUAUUUUUCAAUCGUUGUGAACAACGUACGAUUGCAAUUCGACAAUCCACGAGACCAUUACAUCAGUUAUCACGGAUGGACUUGCCCGGAAGAGAAUUGUACGAUCAGUUUUUGGGAAAGUGAUUCAAGAAAAUAUUACUGUAAAUGGUGUUUAAAAAACGAUGGUUGCAAGAUAGCAGCCGAACAACCGAACAGUUGCGACAUACGGAACGCGAUUAACAACGAGAAAUGGAAGGACGUAGCACCGUUGUCCAAGAUCGAAGUGAGAAGUCCUGACGUGGCGAUCGAGUCUUUCGAACCAGACGUUUUGCUGUACAAACGCAAUACGUCGACGGUCGUGAGCAUAACCGUCAAGAACCACAGGUUUUUGGCCGAAAGCCGUAAUACGAAGGUGACCUUGGCCGAGCAGAGUUGUGACGACCCGGUCACAGUCGACGACCAAACUGUUAAUUGCACUGUUGGUUACGUAAAGGUGGUUGGCGAGGGUCCGGUGGUAAUUGAGUACGCAGGGAUUACGAGUGUGUUGAGCCUGAAGUCAGUGCAAAAGUUCAGGUUCAUCGAUCCGAGCUUAACGGACCUAAGCCCGAUCUGCGUACCCGCCACGGGUGGAACCCGGAUAGAACUGACCGGAGAGUACCUGAACACCACGGCUGACGUCCAGGUGUUCUUCAGAAAAAACAGGACGAAAGUGAUGUGCGAGAUCGUAGAACUCAAGCACGACCGCAUCGUUUGCGUGACCAACGCUCACACUUACCAACAAAAGUCUGGUCCGUUGCAAGUCGUGUUUGACAAUGCAGUUGGCAAGUACUACAAAAAAAAAAUGUUCACAUACGUCAACGAGCCAACCGUACUGGAUGGUCAAGUAUUCGAGGGCGUCGCAUCUGGCAACGUCCCGUUGACGGUCCGAGGUGGUUUUGAGUGCACGGAAAACCAGCAGAUGUACGUGGACUACAACGGGACAAGGUACUACGGUAUCUGUGUGGUGCGUAACAACAGCAAUUUGACGAUGGACUGUUGGCCUCCGAAGCUCGACGAUCCGGGUCAGAUGACGAGUCUUUCGCUCGGGUUUCGUGUAGAAUUAGCUGGUAAAGUAGUGAACUUGCCUCAACACACGCCGUACUUACUCCACCCCGACCCGGUUUACACUGACUUCGAAGUGUUCGACGGCACCGUCGUCCGUGUGGACGGCAUGUUUCCGGAUCUAUUGCAGCGUCGCCGACCUAACGGCAGCUACAUCCUCGAAGUCACAUUCCGUGGAGAUGAGGCGGACGACGACGAGAGGUUCACCAUGAUAAACGUAACCGAGAAUUACAUCGAAUGCCGAUCACCUUUCGACUCGUCGGUUGCUGAUAUUCUAGAGAUCGCUAUCACAGUCGGAAAACAAGUCAAACGGACCGUAGUGCAAAGAAGACACCGACAGUAUUAUGCGAUUGUUCGGUUACUGAGCCCUCAAAAAGUCAUCGGUGGUAUUUCGGCCCUGUUGAUAUGCGUAUUUGCACUUAUCUUCUGCGUAAAGAAUAUAAUGAACAGUUCUAAGCAGCACAUGGACAAACGAUAUAUAGGAGAACUUAGAAACAUCACCGCCGGAAUAGACGACACCACUGAUUAUUUAUUGAAUUCAAACACUGGCAAGAGGCCGAAGACCAGGCAUUGA